AUGGCGACGCAAGACGAAUGGACCGACUACACAUCACUGCAAAACAUUUCAAGGACAUUCAAACCUGGCAUAGAUAAAAUAUUACCGAACGACGUAAUAGAUUUACCGAGAUUAAAUUACAGUUUUAGCGAUAAUCUGACAGAGAGCUUAGAAUAUUCAAAUUUCACAUCAGAAGAUUACUGUUCGUCGAAUCACUCGCACGUUUACUUGAAUGUAACUUGUGAAUUUCCUAUUAAUUAUGCAGAACCUAUGUAUGGAUACAUCGCACCGUUCCUCCUUGCCACCACGACAGUCGCGAACACUCUCAUUGUGGUGGUACUCUCCCGUCGCCACAUGAGAACUCCUACCAACGUUGUCCUUAUGGCGAUGGCGCUAUGCGAUAUGUUCACCAUGCUGUUCCCAGCGCCAUGGCUCUUCUACAUGUACACCUUCGGAAACCAUUACAAACCUCUGAGUCCUGUACGAGCGUGUCAAGCUUGGCAUUACAUGAAUGAGGUGAUCCCAGCGAUGUUCCACACAGCUAGCAUAUGGCUGACCCUGGCGCUUGCUGUACAGAGAUACAUCUACGUUUGUCACGCACCCGUUGCAAGAACAUGGUGUACAAUGCCCAGAGUGAAAAAAUGUCUCAUAUACAUCGGAAUAGCUGCCUUCCUCCACCAGCUGCCGCGGUUCUUCGAUCACCAGUACGUGCCACACGUGACAGUAUGGCGUGGACAUUUCGAAGAAGUUUGCAGGGUACAAAUGGCGCCAUGGGUUACAACGGUCUCACUCGACGCCUAUUUCAUAACAUAUUUCGCGUUCCGUGUACUAUUCGUACAUUUAAUACCAUGCACAUCAUUAGUCGUACUAAACGUCCUACUCUUCAGAGCGAUGAGAACCGCACAAAUUAAUCGACAGAAAUUAUUCAAGGAAAACCGUAAAUCCGAAUGCAAGCGUCUCAGAGACUCGAACUGCACAACGCUAAUGCUUAUCGUUGUCGUAACAGUCUUCCUAAUGGUCGAAAUACCGGUAGCGGUCGUUACUGUACUACACAUAAUUUCUAGUACCCUAGUAGAAAUAUUGGAUUAUAAUAUCGCUAAUAUACUUAUAUUGAUAACUAAUUUCUUUAUUAUUGUAUCCUAUCCUAUCAAUUUUGCGAUAUACUGUGGCAUGUCACGGCAAUUUCGUGAGACUUUUAAAGAAUUGUUCAUAAGAGGCGCUGUGACUAGCAGAAAUGGUGGGUCGAGUAGAUAUUCCCUUGUAAACGGUCCUCGGACGUGUACUAACGAAACAGUUCUUUAAAAUGUAUAUAAAAUGUAUAUUAAUUGUUUGUCGAUUGUAGACAUAUCAAUUUUAUUUUGA